AUGACAACAACUGCUGACGUGAAGACCACAUCGGGAAGAGUGAGGGGUCGAGUGGUUGUGGCGCUCAACACAACUCUAUACCAAUUUCAAGGCAUACCAUACGCUGAGCCACCCAUCGGUGCGCUCAGGUUUGCUAAACCCAAACCCCUUCAACAGCCACGGGAUGGUAUACUAGACGCUACAAACCCGGGAAACUCUUGUUUUCAAAAUCAAUGUCCGUUUUGCCCAAAACCACUCAAUCAAAGUGAGGACAGUCUAGUGCUAAACAUAUGGACACCAACUCUACCCACAGAUAACACGACUAAUCAGUCACUCAAACCGGUUAUGUUUUGGAUAUACGGCGGAGCGCUUAGCUUUGGGACUAUAGACAUGUACAACGGCGGACCACUGGCCGCACACGACGUGGUAUUUGUGGCCCCAAACUAUAGGUUAGGACCGUUUGGUUUCCUAUACGGGGAUCGGGAGGACGCGCCCGGAAAUGUGGGCUUUUAUGACCAGUUAUUAGCUCUCAAAUGGGUUAGAGAAAACAUCCAUUCGUUUGGCGGGGAUAAGAAUCAAAUCACUAUUUUUGGUCAGAGCGCUGGCAGUUGGUCGGUGUCGGCGCACAUACUCUCCCCGCUAUCCAAAGGCUUAUUCAAGAGGGCUAUUAUGCAAAGCGGCGCUCUUUUGUAUAAUAAGGACAGGGAUGUGAUCAGUAGAGCUGAAGCCAUAGCCGAUGGCAAACGUAUAGCUAAAGAGUUGGGUUGGAGUGAAGACAUGGAUUGGAUUCAAUUUUUACACAUCGAUCUAAUGCUGGGCAUCACCAGCACUGAGGGCUCACUCUUAUCCAAAGUAAUCAUAGACACCGACAAAGAAGUGUUUACUUUGAGUGACUUUAUUGCUGGGGUAAAGACCACAGAUGACAUGCUUCACAAUAUUAAUGUUCAAAAAGUGAUGGACUAUUAUCUGAAACAUGUGAACACGAGUAGUACACCUGCUCUGAAGCGAGCGUUUUAUGAAUAUUUAGGCGAUUUAUUCAUGAAAUACCCGACAUAUUUAUUCGCCCGACAAAUGGCCACAACUGUUGGCAAUCGGCAUAACAUAUACUUCUAUGAAUUCUCAUAUCAGAGCCCAUUCUUCUUCAAAGUAUUUGGUGGCGACGACGAGGACUCGAUUGUCGGCCACGGAAUGGACGUCCCGUUUGUGUUUGGGAUGCCAUUUAUGGACGAAAUGGUCGACGGAUCGGAUGAAACUGAUCGUCAGUUUAGUCGUGAUGUGAUGCGGAUUGUUGACGUGAAGACCACAUCGGGAAGAGUGAGGGGUCGAGUGGUUGUGGCGCUCAACACAACUCUAUACCAAUUUCAAGGCAUACCAUACGCUGAGCCACCUAUCGGUGCGCUCAGGUUUGCUAAACCCAAACCCAUUCAACGACCUAGAGAUGAUAUAAUCGAUGUCACAAAACCGGGAAACUCUUGUUUUCAAAAGAAAUUUCAGAAUUUUCCAGAAGUAGAGAACCAAAGCGAGGACAGCCUUGUGCUAAACAUAUGGACACCAACUCUACCCACAGAUAACACAACCAAUCAGUCACUCAAACCGGUUAUGUUUUGGAUAUACGGCGGAGCGCUUAGCUUUGGGACAAUUGACAUGUACAACGGCGGACCACUGGCCGCACACGACGUGGUAUUUGUGGCCCCGAACUAUAGGUUAGGAUUGUUUGGUUUCCUAUACGGGGAUCGGGAGGACGCGCCCGGAAAUGUAGGCUUUUAUGACCAGUUAUUGGCUCUCAAAUGGGUUAGAGAAAACAUCCAUGUAUUUGGCGGAGAUAAGAAUCAAAUCACUAUUUUUGGUGUGAGUGCCGGCAGUUGGUCCGUAUCGGCGCACAUACUCUCCCCGCUAUCCAAAGGCUUAUUCAAGAGGGCUAUUAUGCAAAGCGGCGCUCAUAUGUGUAAUACGGACAGGGAUGUGAUCACUAAAGCUGAAGCCUUAGCCGAUGGCAAACGUAUAGCCAAAGAGUUGGGUUGCAGUGAAGACAUGGAUUGGAUUCAGUAUUUACGGACUAUUGGGACCAAAGAUCUGGCAUCGGACGAUAUCUAUCAUAACAUUGAUGUUCAAAAAGUGAUACACUAUUAUCUGAAAGGUGUGGACACGAGUAGUACACCUGCUCUGAAGCAAGCGUUUUAUGAAUUUGUCGGCGAUUUAUGGAUAAAAUACCCGACAUAUCUAUUCGCCCGACAAAUGGCCACAACUGUUGGCAAUCGGCAUAACAUAUACUUCUAUGAACUCUCAUAUCAAAGUCAGUUCUACGCCAAACAGUUUCAAUGCGAUGACGAGGAGUCGGGUGUCGAACACGGAAUGGACAUACCGUUUGUCUUUGGUAUGCCUUUAUUGCCAGAAAUGGUUGACUUUUUUGAUGAAACCGAUUGUCAGUUCAGUCGAGAUGUGAUGCGGAUGUGGACUAACUUUGCGAAAUACGGCAAACCGGACGACAAAUGGCCGCAACUGUUGAGUGAUCCGAAUGUACCAAAAGUGAAUGAUUUAAACCCCGACCCAAACCGACCCCCACUUCACGACCCGUACGGUCAACGCUAUACAGAUCUAUGGGAAUCAUAUUUUUAA